AUGAUACGUAUUAUCGUAGACAACUUUCCUUCUACAUGUUCAACAUACACGUCCUUUCGACCUCUGAAGCUCUAUUCUUAUACUUAUACUGAAGUUGCAGGAAAAAAGGGUGCUGAUGAUGUUGCUUCACUACUAUGGGAUUAUAUUUUUAACUAUCUGUAUUUUGAUGUGAAGGAGCUUACAAUAUUUUGUGAUUCAUGCUGUGGACAAAAUAAAAACUUCACAGUGUUCAGAAUGUUACAUUAUAUUAUUCAUUUUGUUAAAAGAUUUAAGAAAAUCAGUGAUUUUUCCUAUCCGCGGACAUUCGUAUCUUGA